AUAGGUUUUUAUGGCAAAGAGGUUUUUGCCAGAUCUAGUUCAUUUGCAAUAAUGCUUCGGACACGACCUGCAUUUCUUCUCUCACUGAUUUUUUCUGCCCACAUAGCAGCUGUAUCGAUUAAGCAUCUUUUGAACGAAUAUGACCACGAUACAGAUGUUGGUGAACAGAAGGAUAUUUCCCAAAUCAACUUAGCUGCAGGCCUGAACCUCUUUCAAGGGGACAUCCUUCUACCUAGAACCAGAAAUGCCCUGAGAGAUCCGACAAGCAGAUGGAAGUUCCCCAUUCCGUACAUCCUGGCUGACAAUCUGGAUCUGAACGCCAAAGGAGCCAUCCUCACCGCCUUUGAAAUGUUCCGCCUCAAGUCUUGUGUGGAUUUCAAGCCCUAUGAAGGGGAGAGCUCGUACAUCAUCUUCCAGAAAUUUUCUGGGUGCUGGUCUAUGGUUGGUGAUCAACAUGUGGGACAGAACCUUUCCAUUGGUCAGGGCUGUGACUAUAAGGCCAUCAUCGAGCAUGAGAUCCUGCAUGCUCUGGGAUUCUACCAUGAGCAGUCAAGGACUGACCGGGACGAUUAUGUCAACAUCUGGUGGGAUGAAAUCACUACAGACUAUGAACAUAAUUUCGACACAUAUGAUGACAACACCAUCACAGACCUCAACACGCCCUAUGAUUAUGAGUCCGUGAUGCACUAUGGGCCGUUCUCAUUUAACAAGAACGAAAGCAUCCCUACCAUCACCACCAAGAUCCCUGAGUUUAAUGACAUCAUUGGACAGCGCCUGGAUUUCAGUGCCAUUGAUUUAAUGAGGCUGAAUCGGAUGUACAACUGCACUUCAACACAUACCCUGUUGGACCACUGUGCCUUUGAGAAGCCCAACAUCUGUGGAAUGAUCCAGGGAACCAUAGAUGAUGCUGACUGGGUUCGUGGGGACAGCAGCCAGCCUGGACAAGUGGACCACACCUUGGUGGGACGGUGCACAGGUGCCGGCUACUUCAUGUCCUUCAAUACCAGCUCAGGAGUAACAGGAGAGGCAGCCCUUCUGGAGUCUCGGAUCCUUUACCCCAAGAGGAAGCAGCAGUGUUUGCAGUUUUUUUAUAAGAUGACAGGAAGCCCUGCAGACAAACUCGUCGUCUGGGUGAGAAGGGAUGACAGCUCAGGCAAGGUGCGCCAGCUGGCCAAGAUCCAGACCUUUCAAGGAGAUUCUGAUCACAACUGGAAAAUUGCUCACGUGACACUCAACGAAGAAAAGAAAUUUCGAUAUGUUUUCCAGGGUACCAAAGGUGACCCUGGUAACUCAGAUGGCGGUAUUUACCUUGAUGACAUCACUCUGACAGAAACCCCCUGCCCUGUAGGGGUUUGGACCAUCCGGAAUAUCUCCCAGGUCCUUAAGAACAUAGCAAAAGGGGACAAGCUUCUGAGCCCUAGGUUCUACAAUUCUGAGGGUUAUGGUUUUGGGGUGACCUUGUACCCCAAUGGUAGAAUCACCAGUAACCCUGGCUACCUGGGACUCGCUUUCCACUUGUACAGUGGAGAUAACGAUAUGAUUCUGGAGUGGCCAGUGGAAAACAGACAGGCCAUAAUGACUAUACUGGACCAGGAACCUGAUCCCAGGAACAGGAUGUCCCUGAGCUUGAUGUUCACGACCUCCAAGUACCACACAUCAUCAGCUAUAAAUGGCUCUAUCUGGGACAGUCCAUCCAAGGUGGGUGUCUAUGAUAAGGACUGUGGUUGUUUUAGAAGCAUUGACUGGGGCUGGGGCCAGGCCAUCUCCCACCAGCUGCUGACGAGAAGAAAGUUCCUUAAGGAUGACACCCUCAUCAUCUUUGUGGACUUUAAAGACCUCACCCACCUGAGCCAGACUGAAGUCCCUACUUCAAGCAGAAGCGUGAUGCCCCGAGGCCUCCUUCUGCAAGACCAAGAACCUCUUGCCUUGGGAGAAAGCUCUGGAAAAGCCAUGAUGGAGGAAUCCCUGCCAAACAGCCUGGACCAGAGACAGCACAACAGACAGAAGCGCUCAGCGGAGAAUUCUGGCCCCAUGGAAGACCACAACUGGCCACAAUAUUUCAGAGAUCCCUGUGACCCAAACCCAUGCCAGAAUGAAGGCACCUGUGUGAACGUGAAGGGGAUGGCCAGCUGCAGGUGCAUCUCUGGGAAUGCCUUUUUCUACACAGGGGAGCGCUGUCAGGCCAUGCAUGUGCACGGCAGCUUGCUGGGCCUGCUCAUUGGCUUCGUCAGUGGUUUGAUCUUCUUGACCUUGGUUGUGUUCUCCAACACUUACCAAAAGCUGAGGCAGUGAGCAGCUACCUGCUGAAGUCCACCAGACUGAAGAAGGGCCUCUUUCACCCAGACUUUCCUUCCUGUGGUCAGUAUACUUUGGGAUAGUUUUCAGCAAACAGGUUUGAAAGAGCCUCCAAAGCCAAAGCCCCGAGCCUCAUGUGGGGCUCUUGACACACCAUCCCUGUACCGUUCUGCUAUCCUUCUGUGAAUUCCAGGUGACUGCGUUAUGUCCUAACACAACAGUCAUCACAUUUCAUUAUAAAUGCUUUGCUUACUUGAUCUUCUCCCCUUAAAUCACAAAGUCUAGAUGAGUAGGGGCAUGUAAUCGUCAGCUACUUCAUUGGCCCCAGUGCUAGAGGCAUGCCUGACUGCUGUAUUAUGGAUACUCAGUAAGCAUUAAAUGAAUGAGCCAAUAAGAGAGUUAGUAUCUGUGGUAUAUACUUUGUAUCUUAAACAUGAUUAAAUCUAUAUGCAGGUGUAUUAGAACCAAAUACAGGAGUCUUAUUGAUCAUAUAGUAUCUUGUGAAAUGAUUUCAAAAAUUCCUCUGGUCAACUGGGUUUCUAUGGCACGUACUUUUUUUCUUGCUCUGGUUUUAAGGAAAAGGCUUAAUAAAACCACUAAAGAUGCAA